CCCCCCCCCCCCCCCUCUUGUGUUGCUAACCGUUUCAUCAAUUGGUAUCAGAGCCGGUCUUCGCCACAUAAAGGUUAAUACCUUGGGAAGAGAUCCGACAGCAUGAAUACGGUUGAAAGAUUAGAGGAAGGAUACUCGACUCAACGACCACCGUUGUUCAACGGCAAAUUUUACCAAUUCUGGAAGAGUCGAAUGGAGAACUUCAUCAAGGCUGAGAACUACCAGGUAUGGAACGUAAUUGAAGUAGGCGAUAACAUCAUUACAAAAGAAGAUGCCGAAGGUAUGGUUAUCCCUAAACCCAAAUCUGAAUAUACCUCUGAUGAUUAUUGUAAACUCGAGCAUAAUGCUCAAGCAUUUAAAUAUUUGAUUUGUGGACUUGGUCCGGCUGAGCACAACCGUGUUCUUGGAUGCAAAUCCGCAAAACAAAUGUGGGAUCUACUUGAGAUUACGCAUGAGGGUACCUCGUGUGUAAAAAGAUCCAAAAUUGACAUAUUUAUGCGUAAUUACGAAUUAUUCGUGAUGAAGCCUAAAGAAUCAAUUAAGGAUAUGAUUACACGUUUUACUAAUAUUAUCAAUGAGCUCUCAGCACUUGGAAAAGAUAUUACUGUAGAAGAUCAAGUGAGAAAAGUUAUGAGAAGCCUACCAUCCGCAUGGAAGCCUAAAACUACAGCAAUAGAAGAAGCUAAAGAUCUCUCUACCAUGACGCUAGAAGACUUGACUGGCUCACUCAUGACCUAUGAGCUAGGCCUACAAGAAGAACAAGAUGCCGAAAAUGUGAGAAAGGAGCGAGGAAUAGCUCUCAAGGCUCGAGAAGAAGAAGAAGAAUCCGAAAGUGAAUCGGAAGACGAAAUGAGCAUGUUCGCCAAGCAAUUCGGGCAAAAGAUUGUCCCCAAAAGAAAAAUGAUAGAACCUACGACAAGAACAAGGCCAGUUCCCAUCGGAAGUCCAGUGAAGAUAAAGGGUUCAACAGAGACCUCAAGAAGGCAAUGAUGGCAGCCUGGGGAGACUCAUCCGAUGAUGAUGAGGAAGAAGGUGAAAAGAGUUCCAAUCAUGUAGGGUUGUGUCUUAUGGCUAAUUCCGACGAGGAAUCCGACCAAGAGAGUUUCGAGGUAAAUUUGGAAAACUUUCUAUCUAAGUUUGAUUCUUUGCCUAAAACCAAAGUUCGGAAAAUUUUUAAGAGGCUAACUAUCGAGCUUAACCAAAACCUUUCUGAAAAUGAAAAUCUAAAAUCACAAAUCACUGAGCUAGAAUCUAAACUCGAGGAAACCACACGAGCAAAGCUAAGGCUUGAAACUAGAGUGGGAGAGUUAAUAGAUGAGAAGCUAAAAUACAGUGAAGUGGUUUUAGAACAAGACAAUAUUAUCUGUUCUUUAAAGCUCGAUAGCAUGAACCAACAAGUUGAUCAAAGUGAGAAACUUCUUUCGAAAAUUCCGAACAUUGGUGUGCUGAUUGAACACCUUAAUCGCCUUGAGGCUGAGAGACAGGAUUUCAAAAAUAAGCCGGAAUACCAGCCGUAUAGUACUAAAGAAAGAACCAGGUCUAGACCCUAUUCUAGAACUGAACCUUCUCGGUACAAAAGAAAGGAAAACGAGACUGCGGGUCUCGGAUAUGUUCCAAGGAAAACUCAAAUAAAUCAAAAAUCUGGUUUUCAGAACCAAUCCUUUAACGGUAACAGAACUAGAGGACAAACCAGUUCCUGGCCAUACCAAAGGCAAUCUAGAACUGGACCAACCUGGUUCGUUAAAUUGGUUCAAAGGCACAAAACUGGUUAUGGACAAACACCUAACCGAGAGUUUCAUAAAAGGGACAAAGAUUUUUAUGGAAAUUGGAAAACCAAAUACGUUGAUACAUAUGAUAGUCGAAUUUGCGGGCAUUGUGGCAAAGUCGGUCAUCUUAGGUAUCAAUGUCACUCUCGGCAAC